AGCUGCUUAUUCUUCCAGCUUCUCACUACUAACUAGAAAUUUCGGUUUCAUCUGGAAGCUGGUUAUCCUUUGACCUUUUGCAAAUGGGAAGUGUUUCUACAAAGGUGAAAGUUAACAUGACAUCCCGCAAACGAAAGAGGGACGGAACUGCAAACAAAAUCCCUAAAAACGAGGGGAUAAGCUCGGAGUCUUGCCUCAAUCAGCCGAGCGAUCAAAGUGUUCAUGAAGUCAUAUCUUACGAGGCAUCUAAGUUGUCAGCAAACCAUUAUGAUCCUGACACAACUGAGCCCAUCAGCUGCAGUCUUAAGUCUCUUGAAGAUUUGUUGUCAUGGAAACGGAUGGAAGCAAGUCCUUUUAAUGUGGCCACGGUGCCUUUGGCUAGCAGGUAUCCUCCACUGCACAGCUCCCCUGGACGGACAUUGGUGUCCCAUGACAUGAUGGGUGGCUACCUGGACGACAGGUUCAUUCAAGGUGCAGAGGUGGAGACGCCAUAUGCCUUCUAUCACUGGGAGUAUAUUGACAUCUUCAACUACUUCAGUCAUCAUAUGGUUACCAUUCCUCCUGCGGUUUGGACGAAUGCAGCACAUAAGCAUGGAGUGCUCUCUAUCGGCACGUUCAUCACUGAGUGGACAGAUGGAGCGAAGACAUGUGAGGCCUUCCUGAAGGAUGAGGAGAGCUACCGCACAGCUGCUGAUAAGUUGGUUCAGAUUUCCCACUGCUAUGGCUUUGACGGCUGGCUCAUUAACAUAGAAAAUGCGCUGAGUGAGACUGCGGUGAAGAACACUGGACCCUUUCUGCGCUACCUCACAGACCAGAUGCAUGAGCGCGUUCCAGGCAGUGUGGUGAUCUGGUAUGACAGCGUACUGAAAAACGGCAAGCUCAGUUGGCAGAACGAACUCAAUGAUGACAACAGAAUGUUUUUUGAUGCCUGUGAUGGAAUAUUCACUAACUACAACUGGACAGAGCAGAGCCUGGAGUGGAUGAAGUCCUACUCUGCUGCUAAGGACCGCUUUGUUGACAUCUAUGUUGGUGUCGAUGUGUUUGCAAGGGGGAAGGUGGUUGGAGGGAAAUUUGAGACCAACAAGGCUCUGAAGCUGAUUCGGAAUUAUGGAUUUUCAACAGCCAUCUUUGCUCCUGGUUGGGUGUAUGAAUGUCACGAAAAAGCAGAUUUCCGCCAAAACCAGGACAAGUUUUGGAGUUUGCUGUCUGAUUUCCUUUAUAUCCACCGGCCCUCGUCCAGCCUUCCAUUUAUCUCCUCAUUCUGUCAGGGCUUUGGGAAGAGCAUUUACUGGAGGGGACAGGUGGAGAUGAAGAGAAGCUGGUUUAAUCUGCAUGCUCAGGAGAUCCAGCCUCUGUACCUCUCUGAGAAUUUGAACAAUGACGGCUGGCUGAGAACCCGCGGCUGCUCAGAAGAUGUUUGGAAUGGAGGCAGCUCUCUGAUAGUGGAGGGCAUGAUUCCAUCUGGACUUUCUGAAGUCUGUGCAAGGAUAUUUUCUGUCCAUGUUCCAUUGGACACCAGGCUUUUUGUUUCUUUUGUCUACAAGCCGCCUGUGGGGGUGAAGAUAUCCUUGGAGCUCAAAACAAUAGAUGGACCUCUGUGCACAUUUGAGGGGAUGGAGGAAAUAGAAUCUAAGAGUGUCUUUCCAGAAAUGUUAGCAGAGGAUAACCAGUUGGUGGAGCAGUUUGCAAGAAAUUGUGGCCGGUGGACUUUGGAUGGCUGGAAUUCCAGAUGCUUCCUGUUGAAAAUGACUGGCUGCUCAUUGCGAGAAGUGUGUAUUCGUGUUUCCCGUGAAAGUGGCGACGAAAACGUUUCCUUUAACUGCAGGAUUGGUGAGAUUAUGCUGUUGGAUGCAGAGAGUCUUCAAGCACCCGUGCAGUCUGUUGAAGGCAUCUGCGUGAAUGAUGUAGUGUGGCACACGGGUGCUUUGAACGGAGACGGACACACGCUCAAGGUACUUUUGAAUGCCACCUUAAGCUGGCAAUACCCCGGCCAGCAGGUUCGCCAUUUCCUGAUUCACUGGAGGCAUCUCCGUGGCCCUGACCCUCGGAUUCCCCCUGGACCUUUGACUUUGAUCGGCCGGUCUUACUCCACCCUGUACCGUGUGGUGGAGCUGGAGGUGCCUGCUGCUCCGGCUCUCAUAGAGCUGGUGGUGGAGCCUGUGAGCAGAGAGGGAUUCAGAGUACCUGAGGCCCAGUGGGGCCGACGCACUCUUAGCUACAGCGCAAGUUAAUGUGAAAUGCUAUUGAUAAAAUGCCUCGAUACUCUAUUGCUUACAUGCUAUUUUUAUAGUAUAAACAAAUCUUUCUUCUAUUUGAUGCAUGAGAUAUAUAUAUAUAUAUAUAUAUAUAUAUAUUGAUGGCAAGUUGGUGCUAAAUCUGUAUUUUGUAUUUUGUAAACGACUGAAUACUUAAAGAGAGAGUUCACCCAAAAAUAAAGAUUCUGACAUAAAUUACUCACCCUCAUGUCGUUCCAAAUCCGUAAGACCUUCAUUCAUCUUCAGAACACAAAUUAAGAUAUUUUUGAUGAAAUCCGAGAGCUUUCUGACCCUGCAUAGACAACAACACAACUGACACGUUCAAAGCCUAGAAAAUUAGUAAGGCCCAACAGUUAAAAUAGUCCAUGUGACAUCAGUGGUUCAACCGUAAUUUUAACAUGGAAGAGAAGAAAUAUAGUUGAAUAGUCAUUAGUUUAGUUUUCUUUACGCAGAAAAAUUAUUCUUGUAGCUUUCUAACAUUACGGUUGAACCACUGAUGUCACAUGGACUGUUUUAACUGUUGGGCCUUGAACGUGGUAGUUGUGUUGCUGUCUAUGGGUCAGAAUGUUCUCUGAA